AUGGCUACUAAUUUCGGUAAUGCUGCUGUAGACAUUGAGGAAACCAGCGGUGAUAUUGCUGGCGCUACCAGUAUUAGGCGGCCUCGCACUUUGGAACCUGGGUUAGAAACUGAUUUUGAUACACUUGAUGAGCCGGUUUGGGACACAGUGAAGCGUGAUCUGCGAACAGUUGGGAACAAAUUUGCUCACGUACUGGUACCAAGAAGUGAUAAACAACUCUUGCGCGAUUGGGACUUGUGGGGCCCUCUUUUUAUUUGUGUUUUUAUCUCAUUAUUACUGCAGGGUGGAGAUAAAGGCAAUGGGCCCCAUUUUACAGAAGUUUUUUCUCUAACUUUCUUUGGUGCCUGUGUGGUGACGUUAAAUAUCAAACUGCUUGGAGGCCACAUAUCUUUCUUCCAAACGUUAUGUGUUCUUGGUUACUGCCUCUUACCUCCCGGAGCAGCAGCACUAAUUUGCAAGUUCAUCGAGAUGGCGUUUUUAAUACGACUUCUGGUGACAAUUGCUGGAUUUGUUUGGGCAACACAUGCGUCGAUGGCGUUCCUUUCUGGGUCUCAGCCACCAAAAAGGAAAGUUUUAGCUAUUUAUCCUGUAUUUCUGUUUUACUUUGUUGUCAGUUGGAUGAUUAUUUCUCACACUUGA